AUGGUGACAUCUAUAAUGCUGAGGUGUGCCAGUUUUAUGUUGUUUAUGGUCUGGACGCUGUGUAUAUCAUCGUCUCUGGCAUGUACUGAAAAGCAGAAGCCGAUAGGGUAUGAGCAAAAAUCCAUGAAGGAGAAGUACGAAAGGUGGCUGACAAAAUACGACCGAAGAUACAAGAAUAGAGAGGAGUGGGAAUAUCGUUUCGGAAUUUACCAGUCCAACGUUGAGCUUGUUGAUUUUGUAAACUCUCAAAACCUGUCAUACAAACUCACUGACAACAAAUUUGCAGACAUGACAAACUUAGAGUUUACAAGAACCCACUUGGGUUUCCAAGCUGGUAGAAAUCCAAAGACGAAGUUCAGGUAUGAGUGGAAGAAGGACUUGCCAACUACAGUGGAUUGGAGAAAGAAUGGGAGCGUAACUCCGGUCAGGGAUCAAGGCCGAUGUGGUAGCUGUUGGGCAUUCUCUGCAGUUGCCGCUGUGGAAGGCCUUCACGAAAUCAAUACUGGAAAACUGGUGUCACUCUCGGAAAAAGAGCUUGUGGACUGUGACGUACAUACUGGGAACCAAGGUUGCAGUGGUGGAUACAUGGAAAAUGCAUUUGAUUACAUAAAAAAGUAUGGACUCACCACUCAAGAAGAUUAUCCCUACACGUGUGUUUGGCAUGACAUAGCUGUUCCACUUGAGGUUAAAAAAGUUCUUGAGGACCGUAAGGCAGAGAAACGAAUGAUUGCUUUGGCAGUUAAGCAAAAGCAAUUGCAGACUGAUCUCUCUACAUCAUGGCCAAACUUGACUGGUGAUUAUAUGAGCUUCUGGAGCGAUGAAUAUAACAAGCACGGAACUUGUUGCGACGAUACCUUCACUCAGACGGUAUACUUUGAAACAGCGCAUAAGAUGUGGAGCCACAAUCACAUCGAGGUCAUGUUCAGCGAGGCUGGUUAUAAACCAGGGAAUAAAUACAAGCCAGCUGAUCUACAGGCAGCAGUAGCAAAGAAAAUCACCAAGGAUCCCGCGCUGCGUUGCGUUGAUCUGCCAACUUUGGGUAGACUAUUGCUGGAAGUGGUCAUAUGUUAUGACCAUGAUCGAAAGAGUAUUAUCAACUGCAACUCCGAUCUGUCAAAAAGCUGCACUGGUCCUGGAACUAUUCUGUACAAGGAUCUGUAG